AUGUCCUCCAAGACAGGCAUUUCUCCUCAUGCAACCGCCUUUGUGCACUCCUACGCCACAGCCACCGCAACAGGCGCCAGUUCCACGCCCUCAGAUCUCAAAGCCGCCGCUCAACAAAUGUCAUCGCACUACCUCCCAAACCUGAUUUCGUUUACCUUGGGCACCAAUACCACAGUCGCCACGCAAGAGGAAGCAGCANAAGGCACAUUCACCCAUCUCCAAAAACUCGUUUCCGCUGGUGUAGGCACAGAUAUCCGUCUCGUUCGCGUUGCUGUAAAGGAAAUCUCCGCUUGUGCGGCGGCAGUGUUUGUGACGUGGGAGUUGGUUGUGGAUGGGUUGAGUAUUGCCGAGGCCGAGAAGCAAGGGAAAAAGGCAAAAGGGUGGAGAUGGAGGAAUUGUUAUGGGUAUAGGAGGAUGACGAGGGAGGUUGAUGAUGAGGAAGUGGUGGAUAAGGAAGGGUUCGAGUAUAUCGUUAGUGAUGAGGAGGUCGGGGAGUUGAUCAAGAGGGUGCCCAAGUAUUUCGAGCCGUAG